UUUAAAUAUGUCAAAUCAAGUAAUAAAUAUUAGGAUAAAAAUCCAUAAAUUUCUCUAAUUUUAUAUUUUUAUAUGCCUAUUUUUUAAUAAUUCAUAAAAAUUAUUUUAUAAUUAAAUUUAAAAACUAAAAUAUAUAAUAAAUAUAAAAAAAAAAUAUAGAUAAACAAAGAGAAAAUACAGCCUUAAUGGGCCCAAGAGUUAGCCCAUUUAUAUUUUGAAAUAGAAAACCCAAUAAUAAAGCCUUUCUUUCUUUUUGACUACAAUGGAGGAGGACGAAGAAAAGCUUCAUUUCUUACACUUGAACGCAUGGCGUAAUUGUGCAGUGAGAUCUGAUCAGUUCCUAAUACCUCAACUAGCAACGAAGAGGUUAGGCUAAUCAUGGAUAAGAUGAAUCAUGCGUUUGAGAAGAUGAAGAUGAUGGUGGGUAUGGAGGUUGAAGAGGAGCAACGAGCUGCGGAGGAGGAAAGCUCGCUCUCUUUCAUGGAUGAUCUUAAUCGCGAUUGCGCUUUAACCACCAAACAGAGAUUCUAUGGCUUUGCUAUUUGCUUGUCAGCAGGAUUGACCUGUACACUUUUGUCAAUGCUCGUUUUCUUCAAUCCGGUCAAGUUUGGCAUCACAUUCACUCUUGGAAAUUUGAUGGCACUUGGGAGCACAGCAUUCCUAAUAGGCCCACAGAGGCAGGUGACGAUGAUGCUUGACCCAGCUCGUAUCUACGCUACUGCUUUGUAUCUAGCCAGCAUUAUCAUUGCCUUGUUCUGCGCUCUCUAUGUUCGUAACAAGCUGCUCACCCUGCUGGCUAUCAUUCUUGAGUUCUCUGGUCUUAUUUGGUACAGCUUGAGCUACAUCCCUUUUGCAAGAACCAUGGUCUCAAAGGUCUUCAUGACUUGUUUCGACACCGAGUUUUAAGCAGCCCUAUACACGUCGCCUCGAAAGAUUUUCAUCCCAAAACCACUGUGCUCUGAUGAAUGAUUGGUUUAUGUUCAAAGCUGGACCUGUUUGAAGGAAGUUGAAAGCGCUAAUAGUCCAUGCUCGAAGGCUUAUCUUUGGAGCACGCUUUGGUUUAUGUUUGCUUCUCAACAUGAAGUUCCUGUCUUCACAAUUCCUAGCACAGUUUUGUACGUACUUUUUCAGACUAUUUGGUUCCUGAUUGCUGGAACAUUCUGAAACUUUAAGUACACCACUAUUUAGUUUUGAAUGAAGUAGAAAUCAAUCCAUAGCCUUCAUGGAAAGAACGAAACCAGAUAGUACAAUACAACCUUAUCAAGUGCUAGGAGAUAGGACAUAAAGAGAAGAUUCAACAGAGAGAAAACAAAGAGAUGCAGAAGAACAAAGCUGACUGGAAAAGUGAAGAAGCUCUCUAGAAGACAACAGUGUCAAGCAUGGUGCCUAGUGUCUGAACAAUGUUGGAAGACAUCAAGUUGGAAACAUGUUCUUCCAGAUGCUUCUUUGCGUCUUGUCUUCCCACAUUCACGAUCGCCAGUUUCUCUGGUGACAACUCGUCCUCUUCUUGUACCGCCUUGUUAUAUUUAGCAGCCAAGCUCAACAUUUCCUGUUUAACACCAGUGUCAAUGGACAUUAUGCGACAUGUUUGAACAAGUAUAAAGAUUGCAAUCUACUCUGUUUUAUCUUA